AAAUAUAAGGACAAAUGUAUAUUAGUUCGUAUACGGAUACUAACCUUUUAUUUUUUUUCCCUUUUUUUUGAAGACAUAUACGGGUACUAACCUAAGCUUAUAUUUUCGUUUUCUUAUAUAAAACCUAAUAGUUUCUAAAUUUCUAUUAAUAAAUUUUUUAAAAAAAAAAAUCAAAACAAUAACCUUUACGCAUUUGGUAUACAUUAAAAUUCAAGUUAUUUUGUCACAAAUAUUUUUUUGGAUAAAUUGUUAAAUUAACAACCAUUCUUUAUUCCCCUCAAAAAUAAAAAUAAAAAAUAAAAAAAUAAAUAAAAACCAUUCUUAUAAUUUUUGUUGUAAAGUUUAAUUAUAAGCGUGCAUGGCACGGUUAUAACCUAUUACUCAAUAAAGAGAAAAAACUUAGCAAUGAGGAAAUUGUACCACAUUUUUAUAAAGCCCAAAUUAUGCGUUGCUGAACCUACUUAUCACCACGUGCACCUUCAGUAUGUCGACAUUAAGUUUAUAAAUCCAAUCAACCCUCUUUUUAUUUGUUUCCGCUUUUAUUUCUUUCUUCUCUAUUUUCUCUCUCUUUCCCCAUUUUCUUUUCUUUAUUAACAUCAAAUUUUGCACCUUUGAUAAUUUGAGCCCACAUCAUCCCUUUGACAUUUUGGGGCGUUCAUCAAUUUCCAAUCAUCUUAUUUGAGUCUCAAUUUGGUUCAAGCUAAACUCAAUUGGUUACAAUGUCUUCACCAAGUAAGAGAAGAGAGAUGGAUGUUAUGAAGCUGAUGAUGAGUGAUUAUACAGUGGAGACGAUAAAUGAUGGGCUUAAUGAGUUCAAUGUCAUGUUCAAUGGUCCAAAAGAUAGUCUCUAUGAAGGCGGGGUGUGGAAAGUCCAUGUUGAGCUUCCAGAUGGCUAUCCUUAUAAGUCCCCUUCCAUUGGGUUCAUAAACAAAAUAUUCCACCCAAAUGUUGAUGAACUGUCUGGCUCAGUGUGCUUGGAUGUUAUCAAUCAAUCAUGGAGUCCUAUGUUUGAUUUGUUAAAUGUGUUUGAAGUCUUUCUUCCACAACUGCUGCUGUACCCUAAUGCUUCUGACCCUCUUAAUGGUGAUGCUGCUUCACUGAUGAUGAAAGAUCGUGAACAGUAUGAACUGAAGGUCAAAGAAUAUUGUGAUCGCUAUGCAAAGAAAGAAAACAUCGAUGCAUCUGCUGCUGAAGAUGAAAGUGAUGAGGAGGACAUCAGUGAUGGGCACUGCACAUCAAGUGACGAUGAAAUUGCUGGACAUGCAGACCCAUAAACUAGAAUUAAUCAUACAGGGACCAAGUUAAUUUAGCUUUAUCCCUCUUGUUCAUUUGUUGGCUGUAUCAUGUUUUAGUUUAGAAUUACAAUGAUAAUUUAUGUCCAAGUCAUUUUUUAGCUUACUAAUUUAUUUGUUUCAGUAUAGUAGGAAAGCAGUUUGAUAAAAAUUGGUGGACAUGAUCAUUUGAAUAGAAAUUUAAUGUGUGAAUUUGAUUUUCGUUA